UCAGAUCGUGGAGGGCUUUGUAGAUUAUGAGAAGAACUUUGAAGUGAAUGCGUUGGGGGACGGGAAGCCAGUGGAGGUUUUGGAGGACAGGGGUAAUGUGUUGACGGGAGCGGGUGGAGGUGAGGUUGUGAAUAUAUUGUAGUUUGUUGAGGGUUUUGGAAGGUGUACCGUUUUUGGGAUCGAUGAUGAUAAUAUCUGUUUUGUCACUAUUAAGUUUAAGAAAAUUUUGAUAUCAUCUAAGCAGUUGGUGAGGGUGGAGUAGAUGUUGGAGGCGAUGGAGGUGGUAGAAAUGUAUAAUGUAUAAUAUAAAUAUUAUUGGCGUAGCUGUGGAAAUUGAGGCCAUGACGACGGAUGAUAUUGCCAAGUGGAAGGAUGUACAUAGAGGAUGAAGAGAAGAGGACCAAGCACCGAACCUUGGGGAACACCUUGAGGUAAAGGGGCUACGGAGGAGGAGCACGGACCGUUGCCAGGCCAGAGAUGAAUCAGUGACAUUGGGGCUGGUUUUGAGGCGGGACAGGAGGAUAGAGUGGCUAACGGUGUCAAUAACUAUAUUUAUACUUUGAGGAUUGGCUCAACUUUUACACAAGAACAAUCCUGGAGAUCCUAACCUCUGCACCCGUGGCGACCUCCUCCGUGGCUUCUGCCAUAACCCCCAUGGUGUGAUGGGAGAAGACGCAGAGUUCCCUGGUGCACACCGCAGGCUAGGAACGCAACACAACACAAUAAGAGUGCGGUUUCAUAAACAGGGGGUUGCCGGGCGGAAUUUACCUUCAACAUGGGGCCGUUCUGGAAAACGUGUCUCUCAUCACAAACCACGCAGUAUUCGUUCAACGUAGCCAUUCUCUGCUCUGCAUACCUCAUAACCUGUGGACAUACCGUAUUUCAUUUUAAAAAUCAUUCAAAAGAUAUCUCAGCAGAAUAAAGCAUUUUUGCAGUCUUUCUUUUUUUUUUUUGACCUGCACCAGGAAGCCAUGUUGGAGCGUUGGGGUGGUCUUACAAUGCCCGAUGGCCUGAGAGAAGAACAGGAGCUCAAUCAGCUGCUUGGUGCUGAGUUGAGCUGAUGAUUUCACUCCUGACACCACCACUCUCUGAGGAGGAAAAGACACAGACGACCGAUCAGAUAAAUGUUGCCCAUCCAAAUCCGUCACUUAAGAAAACUGAAAUAUCCGCAAGGAGUCCAGGAAUACGGCGUGCUACUUCACGGCCCGGUUGGUCCUGUGUGUUGCUGUCAUCGAUGUCCUGCGAUCCGGACAGGAGGAAGUCCACAUGUUCAGUCGGGGACUCACGGAUGGCCUCAUGUGAUCCUCCAGGCCCAGAGUGGUGUUAACUUUUCUGAGCCACUCACGGCAGGAUGCAGACUCCCCCUGAGGUGACAACAAAUUGAUUCAAAACACUCAUUUUUUUUUUCGGUGUGUGUGUGUCUACUUUGACCUUAAUCAGCAGUUAACCCUGCUGGUCCACAGUCUGGUCAGAUGACACACUUCUCGGCCUUCGUGCAUCAGGGCUGUCUCAUUAAGUGCUUUUCUCAGCCUAAUCCACUUAAACUAGUAAGAGCGAGUGUUUGGUCUGGGACUUCUUUUUUUCAAGAUGGCCAUAUGUUCCUUUAAAACAGGGGUCUCAAACUCAAUUUACUUGGGGGCCACUGGAGCUAGGGUCUGGGCAAGGCUGGGCCGCAUCAGGUUUUACAAAAAAAACAAAAAAUAAUCUUAAUUUUUAUUUUUCUGCACAAAAUAAGAUGAAAAUAAAUAAACAAAUCAAGAAUAACGAAAAUCAAUCAAUCAGUAAUAAUUAAAUAUAAUAAAAAUAAUAAACUUAAGAAACCACAUAUAGUUGGUGGGUAGACAAAUGAUUUUUUUCAGAUGAAAAUGAACAAAGCAUUAUUAGAGCCCUGUAGACAUGACAAAACACGACUAUAGUCACAUUUAUACUCUUUUUAUUUACAACAUAUUGCGCAACUGCAGGGUCUUGAGACACAUGCUAACUCGCAAACUAGAGAGCUAGCGACCUAAACGGUAGCCUUCAAGUUAUUUCCUUUCAACUUAAAUAGCCAAAAACUUACCACUUCCACACGGAUAGGGAGGAUAACUAUUAACAGUUAUUUAACCUUUAACAUGAACAUUAAUUAAACGUAAUAAUUUUUUCUGGGUACAUGAUACCAUACAGCAUCCAUAUCAAACUUGCGCGGGCCGCACUAACAUUAAACUUUCAUAUCAAAGCAGGGGCCUCAUACUAGUGUCCCGCAGGCCGCCUGUUUGAGACCUCUGCUUUAAAAGUUAAUUGAUCAGUUCUGACACUCCUUGCAUCAAAACCAUUUAAACUAAUUAUGGUGGCUGCUUGCAUAUUUGCUCAUAUUUUGUAUAAAACGACACAUUUUUUUCUUGCAUGUGCAUCUUUUUUCCGAUUUUUUUUAGAUUUUAGAUUUAUUUCAUUAAUUGAGAAUCAGAAAGAUAAUUAGGGUUUUUGCAGUAAAAUGAUCUAUUCUAGAUGCAACAGUAAUUAUUUAGCAUGGUUUGUGUGUUCACUUCCCCUGGGAGGCCACAAGAGGCCGCUAUUGUCACAGGUUAUCACAAGCGGGUGCCGUGUCCAACUCCAAGUUUGUCAGGCAUGUUUUCUUUUGAAAAAACUCACCUGUACGAGCUUUUUUUUUUUUUGUAAGUAUUUCUAUUUGUACAAGUCAGCGCAAGUCGAGACAACCUCGAGCUAGCGACUAGCUCCUAUGAACGCGGACUAUAUUCUCGUCGUGAAGUAGUUCCGGUUAACCGAGCGCACAAAAGGAGCCGCUGCAGGCAGUGAAGUGGUGCAUUCAGGACCCUGCAAAGUUCAACCGAAAGGCAUCGUCCCAAAGGCCCUUUUGUCCAGUCAUGUCCAAGUCCAAGGAUGCCUCCAUCAUCCACACCCAGCAGCUGCACGCUGCCAUGGCGGACACCUUCAUCGAGCACAUGUGCCUGCUGGACAUCGACUCUGAACCUGCUGUGUCCCGAAACACCGGCAUCAUCUGCACUAUCGGACCUGCCUCGCGAUCUGUGGACAUGGCCAAAGAAAUGAUCAAGGCCGGGAUGAACAUUGCAAGAAUGAACUUCUCACACGGAACACAUGAGUACCACGCAGAGACCAUCAAGAACGUCCGUGAAGCAGCAGAGAGCUUUGGAGCAGGCUCGGUUGGCUACCGGCCGGUGGCCAUCGCUUUGGACACCAAGGGACCAGAAAUCAGGACCGGACUCAUCCAGGGUAGCGGAACCGCUGAGGUGGAGCUGAAGAAAGGUGACACCAUCAAGCUGACUCUUGAUGACAGCUACAAGGAGAAGUGCGAUGAGAAGACUCUGUGGCUGGACUACAAAAAUAUCACCAAGGUCGUUGAGAAAGAAAGUCACAUCUACAUUGACGAUGGUCUGAUUUCCCUUAAGGUCAAAGAAAUCGGUAGCGACUUCUUGGGGUGCGAGAUUCAAAAUGGCGGAAUGUUGGGCAGCAAGAAAGGCGUCAACUUGCCCGGCGCUGCCGUUGACCUGCCCGCCUUGUCCGAGAAGGACCUUCAGGACCUGCAGUUUGGCGUGGAACAGGGCGUGGACAUGGUGUUCGCGUCCUUCAUCCGUAAGGCUGCCGACGUUCACGCGGUCAGGAAGGCACUGGGCGAGAAGGGCAAGGACAUCAAGAUCAUCAGCAAGCUGGAGAACCACGAGGGGGUGCGCAGAUUUGAUGAGAUCCUGGAGGCUAGCGAUGGCAUCAUGGUCGCCCGUGGAGAUCUGGGUAUUGAAAUCCCAACAGAGAAGGUCUUCAUCGCUCAGAAGAUGAUGACUGGCAGGUGCAACAGGAUGGGCAAGCCUAUCGUCUGUGCUACACAGAUGCUGGAGAGCAUGACCAAGAAGCCUCGCCCUACCCGUGCAGAGGCCAGCGAUGUCGCCAAUGCCGUGCUGGACGGCAAUGACUGUAUCAUGCUGAGUGGGGAGACGGCCAAGGGUGACUACCCUCUGGAGGCGGUGCGCACACAGCAUCAAAUUGCCCGUGAAGCCGAGGCCGCCAUGUUCCACAGGCAGAUGUUUGAGGAGCUGCGCCGCGUCUCGCAUCUGACCCGCGACCCCACGGAGUCCGUCGCCAUUGGUGCAGUGGAGGCGUCCUUCAAAUGCUGUGCCAGCGCCCUGAUUGUGCUCACCAGGAGUGGCAGGUCUGCUCACAUGCUGUCGAGGUACAGGCCCCGUGCCCCCAUCCUUGCCGUCACCCGCUGUGGUCAGACAGCCCGCCAGGCUCACCUCUACCGUGGUAUCUACCCCGUGCUCUACACCAAGCCUGCUAAUGAUGUCUGGGCUGAGGAUGUGGACCUGCGUGUCAACUUUGCCUUGGACGUUGGUAAACACCAGAACUUCUUCAAGACCGGUGAUGUCGCCAUCGUUGUAACCGGUUGGCGCCCAGGUACUGGGUACACCAACACCAUGAGAGUGGUUCUGGUGCCUUGAGCUCCUAAGAGGACAUUAGCAACCUGGCCUUCUUCCAGUCUUUUUUCUUUCCAUUAGCAAAAUGUCACUCAUCCACAAAGACUUUUCAUGGUUUUUGCCCCCACAAAAUUACCCAAUUGUACAUUGUUUUAUUUGACUUGCUUCAGACUCACAAAGAAAGCAAACGUACAUUGUCAAUGGACAAUGUAGGACAUAAUUACAAACAAUAUAUCAUUUAUAUAUUCAAGCCAAGUUAGGCCCCCUUUAAUGACCACAAUGAACUGCUGAAACCUCCAAUAGUUGUGUUGUCAUGCCAUGGCUUCAAUGAAUUAAAAGGAACUCUUGAAAUGUCUGUUUCUCCUCUUUGCAUUUAUUUACAACUCAACGGUCCUGUUUGUGUGUAUUUUUGUAACCUAACACUUCUGCCGGCGAACCGCUUCACAAAAACAGUGUGAUGACUUUUACACUAUAUUCUAUUUUUUGUACAUGGCUGUCGUUUACUAUGAAUACUCACAUCUUUGUGAUGAAAAGCUCCACUCUCAGCUUCAUCCGUUUGCAUUCUCCU